AUGGAAGAAGUGUUUGUUAUACCUGAAUGCUCUCCACAAUUGAAGCCUGUGAUUGGUCAGAAGUUCCAAUCCCUAGAUUUUGUGUUUGCGUUUUAUGAUGUUUAUGCCCGCGCUGUUGGGUUUGAUACCCGCAAACAAGGAAUGAGGAAGGCGUCGGAUGGUGUUACUACUUGGUAUUAUGUGGUAUGCAAUAGGGAGGGCUGCAAGAGGUCGAACGAGGAAGAUGAUGUGAAUGCACGCUCUGGUUUUACUCUUAAACGCAGGCGGCUUUCCAAGCGUUGUGGUUGUAAAGCUUGUAUAUCCUUCAAGUACUUUUCCGAAUCAGGAAUACCGGGAUAUAUUAUUCACGAGUUCAACGAGGUUCACAACCAUUGUAUGGUGGAGUCGGAGCAUCAGCAGUUUAUGACACUUAACCGGAAGUUGGAUGACGUACAUCACAAAUUCAUUCUUGACUGUUCCAAGGCUAAUAUAGGCCCCACACUUACCUUUAAGGUAUCGAAGGAAAUCCUCGGUGGGUUUGACCUUGUCGGUUGCAAUGUUGGGGAUAUCAGGAACACAUCUCGUGACAUCAAAGCAUUCGCACACGGUUGUGACGUGCAAAUGGUGUUGGAAGACAUGGCGAAGAAGAAGGAGUUGUCGGACGCCUUCACAUAUCACUACGAAGUUAAUGAUGCUAACCAGUUGGUUGCCCUUUUUUGGUGUGAUGGUUUGAUGAAGAGGAACUACCAUAUGUUUGGUGACAUAGUGGCGUUUGACUCCACUUACAACACAAACAGGUACUGCAUGAUCUUCACACCUUUCACGGGGAAGGACAAUCAUGGUAAACCCGUAACAUUUGCUGCUGGAUUGGUCUGCAACGAGAAAACAGGGGCCUUUGCCUGGUUGUUCAAACAUUUUGUCGAAUGCAUGGGUGUAGCCCCCAAAAUGAUUGUGACCGAUCAAGACUUAGGCAUGAAAUCAGCUAUUCAAGAGGUUCUUGUUGGAACUCGACACCGAUGGUGUAUGUGGCAUAUAAUGCACAAGUUGGCUUCCAAGGUUCCAGGCAGGUUGCUUAGGGACGAAGAUUUCAAGAAAGAAUUCAAUGCAUGCGUUUGGUCGGACUUGCUUGAACCCGACGAAUUUGAAGAGGAGUGGAAUGGAGUGAUUGAGCGUUAUGAGCUGGAAGUCGUUGAUUGGUUGAACACAUUGUACGAGUAUAGACAGAUGUGGAUACCGGCCUACUUCAGAGAUUUCCCACUCGGUUCGAUGAUUAGGACUACGUCCAUAUCAGAAUCUGAAAACAGUUUCUACAAAAAUUUUAUGAAGCCCCGAGCGAACCUUGCCGAAUUAUACUUGUAUUUCAACAAUGCUCUGGACUUUCAGCGGAAUGCUAGAACAAAGCUGGACUACAACGAUGCUACUUCCGUGCCCAUACUGGCCACUAAGUUGGGUUUCGAGAAACAUGCUGCGACGCUUUAUACAGACAGUAUGUUCAGGAAGAUACAAGAAGAAAUUGUUGAUGGGAAUGACAAAUGCCGUGUGCUUGGUUUUUCAUCAACAGAUACGAUGGACACCUACAAGCUUGGGGACAACCGACGGAAUUCGAACAAUGAAGUGUCAAAAAUUCCAGAGAUGUACUGCAACAGCCGAUGGAUGAAGACUCCCUUAGCCAAGGCCGUACAUGGAAUUUUUGAUGUCACCGUAGAAACAAUGUCCACCGUUGACGAUAGGCAGACUGUUACAAAUCAGGGAAUAUCGUUGUUCUACGGCUUUGUUCGACGUUUUGAUAGUGACAUUGAAGUGCUUCGUGCUUUCGUUAGUGGUUUGGAAGAACUUGGUAAUUCUCUUCAAGCAGGAACUCCUCCAUCUUUGGCGUUUGAAAAGAGGCACAUGAUUGAAGAAUUUUACGGAAUGCCAAGGCCUGAAGUUGUAGAGGUCCAUCAUCCGGAUGUCGUAAAGACGAAGGGUCAUGCUAGCAGCUCCGCGAGCCGAUUGGUUUCAAAGAGAGAAAAGGCUAUAAAGGAGGCUGCUAGGCCUCUUAGACGUUGUAAGGCGUGCGAUGAGUUGGGCCAUCACGACUCUAGAAACUGUCCAAUGCUUAAAGAGCUGGAGAAGGAGAAAGCGCUUAGCAAAGGGAAGAGGAAAGCUUGA